UCUACCCGAGCCCCCCCUCCCCCCCCAAGCAGAGAGACCCCAGCAGCAGCAGCAGCUGAUGAUGAAGAGAGAGGCAGUGGCAGAGGGGGGGCAUCUUUUAUUUCUAUUUUUAAAGGGACAGGACACUAAUUCUACCCCACUUCAACCUUGAAUUGAGGGGGGUGGGGGGAAGGUGGCUGAGUUCCUUCCCCCACCCUCCAGCCCUGAGCCCUGAGAGGGGGAUUGAGCCUGAGAGAAGGAGAAGGAGUUUCUUCUUCUUCGAAAACCUCCAUCCACGACUCCUACCCCCUCACCCCUCCAACUCGCCUCCCUCCCGAGCCCCCUCCACCCUCCUCCUCUUUGGCCGUGAGACGAGGAGAGAAAGAGACCAAAAGCCUCUUAGCAACACAGACCCUUUGCUGCUGUUGCUGCUGCUACUGCUGCUGCUGCUGCUGCUGCUGCUGGUGCUGCUGCUGCUACUGCUAGUGCUGCUGCUUGGCCCUGGCUGGAGACAUCUCACUACACCCAGGAGCAGCCACUUCCCCAGCUCUCCUCCUCCUCCUUCGCCGUCUCCUCCUCCACUCCCCCCCCCCCUUUAUUACCCUUUGUGUCAUCCUCCACAGCUCCAGGGAAGGCACUCAAAAGUGGGGGGCAGGAAAGAUGUACAUUAAAGAUGUCAGCUUUUACAUGUGGGAAGUAGAUAUUGAAGGUUUUGUGGUUUACAGACAAGAUCUUUAGAAGUGACACUCAAGGACCAAGGAAAUAAUACCAGAAACCAAGAGCACAGAAUAUUUUCCUUCAUCAAUUCAUAGAACCUUGAUGCUUCUCUAGUUCCAUCAAACACAGAGGAAUGUCCACCUUGGCAGAUGGCAACAGAGGACGUCAACAAUUUUGUGGAGAGAGCAGAGGUAAUCCCUUAUAGGGACUUAUAAAGGCUAGAGCAUCUGGAGAUUUACUGCCUCCAUUGCACUGCUGGAUCUCACACAACAUUUGUUAUGUUUUCAUCACUUCUCUCCAGAAGGAUACAUUAUUGGAAUUUUGAAGUCAUGAAAACAUCAGAUGAACCAACGUGCAACACUUUGGAUUCAGAGUGGAAGAUAAAGAGAAAGUUUAAAGAAUGUGGCCUAUAAAGGCGGGUAGUACCUGGAAAUAUUAACCGACUCACACUGUAAAAAUGAGAGGUUUCUAAAUAAUAGAAGUUGUUUUAGUCCAACAUCAAGGUUCAAGACAAAAUGUUGAACUAAAAACUUUAUCCUGCUCCCUUCUCCACUUCAGUCAGGUACCAGCAUUGAUGAAUUAUGAUUUUCCUUAGUUGGAAGCACUCAUUUUUAUCCAUGUAGACCAUCCUUAGGAAUUAAAUAUUGGUUAUUUAAUGUAAUUAUAAUGGGAAACUGAUUUUUUUACAAUGGCAGAUUUCAAGGACUUGGUUCCAAACUGAACCGAAGCUUCCCUGUGCAUUUUGUACAGUCUGGAAAAAACUGUGCUGCACUGGCCCAUUUUUGAAGGCCAUCAUGCUCUGUAAUAUAAGGAUAUCAUCUUAUUGCUGAUAUCUUUGGAGAGUCCCAAGCAGACACAGAAAAUGAAUGGAGGCAAGGAGUGUGACGGAGGGGACAAGGAAGGAGGCCUUCCAGCUAUACAAGUUCCUGUGGGUUGGCAGCGUCGCGUGGAUCAAAAUGGAGUGCUUUAUGUCAGUCCCAGUGGGUCUUUGUUAUCUUGCUUGGAGCAGGUUAAAACAUACCUGCUUACUGAUGGAACUUGCAAGUGUGGCUUGGAAUGUCCUCUUAUUCUUCCCAAGGUGUUUAAUUUUGAUCCUGGAGCUGCUGUGAAACAGAGAACUGCAGAAGAUGUUAAGGCAGAUGAAGAUGUCACAAAGCUAUGCAUACAUAAAAGAAAAAUCAUUGCCGUGGCGACACUUCAUAAAAGCAUGGAAGCCCCACAUCCUUCUCUGGUGCUCACCAGUCCCGGAGGAGGAACAAAUGCAACUCCAGUAGUACCUUCACGGGCAGCAACUCCAAGAUCCAUAAGAAAUAAGUCUCAUGAAGGAAUUACAAAUUCUGUAAUGCCUGAAUGUAAGAAUCCUUUCAAAUUAAUGAUUGGAUCGUCAAAUGCCAUGGGAAGGCUAUGUGUACAAGAAUUGCCUGUAAGCCAACAACAAGAACUCCACCCCGUCUACCCCCGGCAGAGAUUGGGCAGCAGUGAACACGGACAGAAAUCUCCAUUUCGCGGCAGCCAUGGAGGCCUGCCCAGCCCAGCAUCAUCAGGUUCCCAGAUUUAUGGGGAUGGUUCAAUAUCUCCAAGGACUGACCCACUUGGAAGUCCUGAUGUUUUCACAAGAAAUAAUCCUGGUUUUCAUGGAGCUCCCAAUUCUAGUCCUAUUCACCUGAAUAGGACUCCUCUCUCUCCACCUUCAGUAAUGCUACAUGGUUCUCCUGUACAGUCGUCCUGUGCAAUGGCUGGAAGGACUAAUAUACCUCUUUCCCCAACCUUGACUACAAAGAGUCCAGUAAUGAAAAAACCAAUGUGUAAUUUUUCAACUAAUAUGGAAAUACCACGAGCAAUGUUUCACCACAAACCACCCCAAGGCCCACCUCCCCUUCCUCCACCUUCUUGUGCUCUUCAGAAAAAGCCAUUAACAUCUGAGAAAGAUCCACUUGGCAUUCUUGACCCUAUUCCUAGUAAACCAGUGAAUCAAAACCCUGUUAUCAUUAAUCCAACCAGUUUCCAUUCAAACGUCCACUCUCAGGUACCUGUGAUGAAUGUAAGCAUGCCUCCUGCUGUUGUUCCUUUGCCAAGUAAUCUCCCUUUGCCAACCGUAAAACCCGGUCACAUGAAUCAUGGGAGUCAUGUACAAAGAGUACAGCAUUCAGCUUCAACCUCCCUGUCCCCUUCUCCAGUGACAUCCCCAGUGCACAUGAUGGGGACUGGAAUUGGAAGGAUUGAGGCAUCGCCCCAAAGAUCACGCUCAUCUUCCACAUCAUCAGAUCAUGGGAACUUUAUGAUGCCACCUAUAGGACCCCAGGCCACUUGUAGUGGUAUUAAGGUUCCACCCAGGUCACCAAGGUCAACAAUAGGGUCCCCAAGGCCAUCAGUGCCAUCAAGCCCUUCUACCAAGUCCGAUGGACAUCAUCAGUACAAGGAUAUCCCUAACCCGUUAAUUGCUGGAAUGAAUAAUGUACUAAGUACCCCAAGCAGUGCAGCGUUUCCUGCUGCAUCUGCCGGAAGUGGUUCUGUAAAGAGUCAGCCUGGUUUGCUGGGAAUGCCUUUAAAUCAGAUCUUGAACCAGCACAAUGCUGCCUCCUUUCCAGCAAGUAGUUUACUCUCAGCAGCAGCCAAAGCACAGCUAGCAAAUCAAAACAAACUUGCUGGUAACAACAGUAGCAGCAGUAGCAAUUCUGGAGCUGUUGCCGGCAGUGGCAACACUGAAGGACAUAGCACUUUAAACACCAUGUUCCCUCCUACUGCCAACAUGCUUCUCCCAUCAGGUGAAGGGCAAAGUGGUCGAGCAGCACUAAGAGAUAAGCUGAUGUCUCAGCAAAAAGACUCAUUGCGGAAAAGAAAACAGCCACCUCCCACAGUGUUGGGUUUGCUCAGACAGUCUCAAAUGGAUAGUUCUGCAGUUCCUAAACCUGGACCCGACUUGCUAAGGAAGCAGGGUCAGGGUUCAUUCCCCAUCAGUUCAAUGUCUCAGUUACUACAGUCUAUGAGUUGUCAAAGCUCUCACUUGAGUAGCAAUAGUACCCCGGGUUGUGGGGGCUCAAAUACUGCUUUGCCUUGCUCUGCUAACCAGCUGCAUUUUACAGAUCCCAGUAUGAACGCCAGUGUUCUUCAGAAUUCACUGACACAGAACAUACCGUUAAGAGGGGAAGCCGUGCACUGCCACAAUGCAAACACUAACUUUGUUCACAGUAACAGUCCAGUCCCCAACCACCAUCUUGCAGGUUUAAUAAAUCAGAUUCAGGCUAGCGGGAACUGUGGGAUGCUCAGUCAGUCGGGCAUGGCUUUAGGAAAUUCAUUACAUCCCAAUCCACCUCAGUCAAGAAUCUCAACGUCCUCCACUCCAGUGAUACCAAACAGCAUUGUUAGCAGCUAUAAUCAAACAAGUUCUGAAGCAGGAGGUUCAGGACCAUCAUCCUCCAUAUCCAUAGCGGGCACCAACCACCCUGCCAUCACAAAGACAACGUCUGUUCUUCAAGAUGGCGUCAUAGUUACCACCGCAGCUGGAAACCCACUGCAGAGUCAGCUGCCCAUUGGGAGUGAUUUUCCUUUUGUUGGCCAGGAGCACGCACUUCAUUUUCCAUCCAACAGCACUUCAAACAACCAUCUACCACACCCCUUGAACCCCAGCCUCCUCAGUUCUCUACCUAUCUCUUUGCCAGUGAAUCAACAGCAUCUCCUAAACCAGAAUCUAUUAAAUAUCCUCCAGCCUUCAGCAGGAGAAGGUGAUAUGUCAUCAAUAAACAGUACUUUGAAUAACCAUCAACUGACUCAUCUACAAUCGCUGUUAAACAACAAUCAGAUGUUUCCUCCAAAUCAGCAACAGCAGCAACUUCUCCAGGGGUACCAGAAUCUCCAGGCAUUCCAAGGACAGUCCACAAUUCCUUGCCCAGCUAACAAUAACCCCAUGGCUUGUCUGUUUCAGAACUUUCAGGUGAGAAUGCAGGAAGAUGCAGCUCUCCUGAACAAAAGAAUAAGCACUCAGCCAGGGCUCACAGCACUUCCCGAGAAUCCAAACCCUACACUUCCACCUUUCCAAGAUACACCUUGUGAGUUGCAACCAAGGAUUGACCCAUCUCUUGGUCAGCAGGUGAAGGAUGGCCUCGUCGUGGGUGGCCAAGGCGAUCCUUCCGUAGAUGCCAUUUACAAAGCAGUUGUCGAUGCAGCCAGCAAAGGAAUGCAGGUUGUCAUCACCACUGCAGUCAACAGUACAACUCAGAUCAGCCCCAUUCCAGCUCUGAGUGCCAUGAGUGCCUUCACUGCCUCGAUUGGUGACCCAUUAAAUCUCUCCAGUGCUGUCAGUGCGGUCAUUCAUGGACGAAACAUGGGAGGUGUUGAUCAUGACGGCAGGCUGAGGAAUGCAAGAGGGGCUCGGCUGCCCAAGAAUUUAGACCAUGGGAAAAACUUAAACGAAGGAGAUGGGUUUGAAUAUUUCAAGUCAGCAACUUGCCACACGUCCAAAAAACAGUGGGAUGGGGAACAAAGCCCCAGAGGGGAGCGAAACAGGUGGAAGUACGAGGAAUUUUUAGAUCAUCCAGGCCAUAUCCACAAUAGUCCUUGCCAUGAAAGAUCCAACAAUGUCUCUACACUGCCAUUUCUGCCUGGGGAACAGCACCCAAUACUGUUACCACCAAGAAAUUGUCAAGGGGAUAAAAUUCUUGAGGAAAGCUUCAGGUAUAAUAACUACAAAAGAACUAUGAUGAGUUUUAAGGAGAGACUAGAGAACACUGUGGAAAGAUGUGCACACAUUAAUGGGAAUAGGCCUCGGCAGAGUCGGGGGUUUGGAGAGCUACUGAGCACGGCAAAGCAAGACCUGGUCCUAGAGGAGCAGUCUCCGAGUUCCUCAAAUAGUUUGGAAAGUUCCCUCGUCAAAGACUACAUCCAUUACAAUGGAGACUUUAAUGCCAAAAGCAUUAAUGGGUGUGUGCCUAGCCCUUCAGAUGCUAAAAGCAUUAGUAGUGAAGAUGACCUAAGGAAUCCAGAUUCCCCCUCUUCAAAUGAGUUGAUACAUUAUAGACCAAGGACGUUCAAUGUUGGCGACUUGGUCUGGGGCCAAAUCAAAGGACUGACUUCCUGGCCUGGAAAAUUAGUAAGAGAAGACGACGUCCACAAUUCAUGUCAACAAAGCCCCGAGGAAGGGAAGGUGGAGCCCGAGAAGUUGAGGACACUAACAGAAGGUUUGGAAGCCUACAGCCGAGUCCGGAAAAGAAACAGAAAAAGUGGAAAGCUAAAUAACCAUUUAGAAGCUGCUAUUCAUGAGGCCAUGAGUGAACUGGACAAAAUGUCUGGGACUGUACACCAAAUCCCACAGGGAGACAGACAGAUGAGACCCCCCAAACCCAAGAGGAGGAAGAUCUCCAGAUAACAGAGACUACUCCACUGAUGCGCAGUGUUUAUUAAAGGAACAUGCACAGAUGUAUCUGUAUAGAGGUAUUGAUAUAGCCACUGUUAUAUCAAUAUUUAAACUAUGGCAGAUAGCUACCACCACCACAGGGUGCUAAAAGAAAGAGUGAUAGAAAACUUUCUGAUCAGGAAGGAUAAUGAAUGCAGGAAAAAUGAAUCAAAAUCCCUGUAUGAUGAGAGUCAUAAAUGGUCCAGAGAUUACUGAGAAACUGUUUUUCUAUAAAAUUAAAAUUGUGAUUAUAAGAAAUAGUCCAAAUGUUUCUGAAGACUUUUCAAUGUUGUAUAUAGAAAUUACAGAAUUUCAUGGUGAUAUCAGAAAUGUAAAUAUUGUACAAUAUUGUCAUGUACAAGCGUACCUAAUGCACACUUUAUCUUUUAUUGUACAAAGAAAUAGUGUACAAAAUUCUUUGGUUUCUAUGGAGUACACCUACCAGAGACUACCAGUGUAAAGUGAUAAAUAAAAAUACAACCUAAAUGCUUUUCUAUGAUAAUGUAAAA